CUGGUAAUCCAUUUUGGACAGAUGCUAGACCCAAUAUUUUACAUGCUCAUUUAGCAUCUCAUUAUUCAAAAUGUUCUAAUAAUAUUAGUUUAGAAUUUGCUAGAAUUAUUGCUCAAGAUUUAGUUCAAGUUGAAAUUAAUAAUGAAUCUUUUGAAUUUAAAUGA